GUGCUGCGCCGCCGCCGCCGCCGCCGCCUCCGCCUACGCCGGCGACAGCUCUGCUGCACCGCAUCGCUACCACCACUGCUAUACCGCCACCGCCGCCAGGAGUGCUGCUACGCUUGACCGCCACUGCUGCCGCACUGUGCAACACCGUCACGGCCCGCGACUGCCGAACGCCACCGCACCUGCUAACAGUCAAAUACAGCUUCAUCACUUGCUCAAGCUGUUCACUCGAACACUCACUCUCUCUCUCUGAUAGUUGAUCGGAUCACUCAAGAAGCUCGGCAGAGAGGACAAGGAUCUGAAACAAGUUUCUUCUAUUUCCUGCUUUAGGAGGCUUCUGCAACCAGAGAAAGCUUAUUGCCCAAACUUCUUAGAAGCAAGGUAAUGAAGCGCAAGCGUGGAUGCGAUAAAUGCAAGCCAAAAUUGGCACAUGCAGUGGGCUCAACGGACCGAUUUCUAAACACUGUGAACCCAAACGUUCAAGAUCACUCUGCUUUCUAUGAUACUGAAUUUGACUCCAGAAUAGGAACUGAAAUACGAAAACCCAACAACAAUGGAUGUGGGGAGCAAGCAGCUUAUCUGCCCAGAAAAGCUAGGAGCAUAAUGACCAGGGCAACAAGGGGGUCUUCUUCUCAUACAAAGCAAAUUGGGAAUAUGGAACUGAUGCAAGGUGGGAGUACAUUACUAAAAAAAUUGAAAGGACCUCAACUGUUUCAGGAUCCUGAAUAUAAAGAGCAAGAACUUAAAGCUGCCCUGGCGGUGAUUAGGAAAGUCAUGACAAUGGAUGCGGCUGAGCCCUUCAAUACUCCAGUGGAUCCUAUUGCUCUGGGCAUAUCUGAUUAUUUUGGUAUCAUUGAUACACCCAUGGAUUUUGGUACAAUAUGUAGCAACAUUGAAAAUGGUGUGAAGUACAAGAAUUCAAAGGACAUCUUCCAGGACGUGCAGUGCAUAUGGGAUAACUGUUCCAUGUAUAAUAAAAAAGGUCAGUAUAUUUUGGUGCUUAUGAAGAGGGUGAAGAAGAACUUCACAAAGUACUGGUCAGAAGCUGGGUUGUAUAGGGGACAACACCAGGAGAUCAAUGGACAUUCACAUGUACCUUCCAUAGAUUCUACUAUGGGGUGCAGCACACAUGGGCAUAGGAGUUCUUUGGAAACUAUGGCUGAUUACGCAGGAGAUCAGCAACAGGAUCAGAUGGAUCUGAGCCCCUCUCAUCUUUCACGGGGUUGUGUCAUGUUACAUCAGCACCAGCGUAGGCCUUGCCAGUGCCACCUGGACUCUUCCCAGCAGCAGACUUUCCAUCCACAGGCUGGUAGAGAUGGCGGUGGUGCUGGAGAUUUGCACUUAAGUCAUACUGAGGCUGCAAAAUGGAACCAACGUGGCCAUGGGUUGACCGGCCUGAGCCAAUCACAACUUCAUCAGCAUCAGCCAUCACUAAACUGCAGCCAGCCCUGUCAGACCCAACAGGGAUCUUAUCAAUGCCAGACAAGCUCUGGGCAAUCUCAGCCUCGCCUUCCUCGGGUUACAACUUAUUUUACCAUUGCAGAGGCUAUGGGAGGGCAUACUUAUAGCAAGCAUGGGUGUCCAACCUGUUUUAUGCUUGACUACCCACCCCACCUGAACCCAGUCAGGUCUGGCGUGAAUCAACCACAGCUUCAUCAGCAUCAGGCCUCAAGUUACCUCCAGGCACCUCAGACUGCGCGGAGACCAUGUCUAUUCCGGCCAAAGUUUGUUGAGCCACAGCUUCCCCAGCCACAUGUUGGAAAGAGUUUUGCUAGUACAGCACCUCCAGAGGAGUCUGUGAUGAUGAGCAAUAUACGUGAGUCUAGGUGUCCAGUGGGUCCUAUGACUGACUAUGCCAACCAUGAGCAGCAGGACCAUGCAACACCUAGCCAGAAGUUGCAGCUUUUGGGGAGCAAUAGCCUGUCACAUCAGCCUGAGCAGGGGACUUACCAGUUCCAGCUGAGCUCUAGCCAGCCCCAGCCUUCCCAUCCACAGAUUGGCACAUAUAUGGGAAGUGCAGGUUCUAGCAACAUCAAGAAGAAUACUCGUGGCCCAACUCGGUGCCUCAAGAUAUGGAAUAGGGAAGGUAAGGUAUCCGUUGCCACCAAUGAGCUUGGCCAACCUAUUGGUGUUGGGGUACCUAAACUCACCAACUUUCUCGGCACCAUAGCACGAAAUGGACAUAUUGCGCCCCUUAAUUAUGUUGAUUGGCGAGCAUUGCCAGAUGAAAACAAAGAGAUGAUGUGGCAGCAAGUUCAGGCUAAAUUUGAAAUAGAUCCAAAAAGUAGACGUUGGGUCUUGAAGUCUCUUGGAAAAAAAUGGAAGGACUGGAAGGCUCAUUUAAAGAUGUACCAUUACAAUACUCAUGAGACUGAUGAGGAAAGGCUGGCAGACUGUGAUGAGAGGGUCCUUCCGGGUCAGUGGCAGAUCCUGGUUUCAUUUUGGAACUCCAGAGCGGCAAAGGACCGGAGUAUUGCAAAUAAGGCUAGUCGUGCAAAUCAGAAGAUAACUCACAUUAGAGGGAGAAUGAGUUCUGCUAAAAUACGUGAGGAGCAGUCACAACUUCAUGAACAAGCAGCUCCACAGCAGGAGACCACCCAAAAUGGUUCUGGUGAAGAUGAUGUCUUUUCUCAGGUCAUGGAAACUGAUGGACCACCUGGCCAUAUGCAGACUUUUGGAUUGGGUCCCUCUCCCACUUCUAUGGGGAGUCCAAAACCUCUCCCUGCUGGAGCCAUGAGAAGUGUAUCCGAAGGUAAUGAAAAUGUACAGGAUAUGAUGGAAAAAAUAAUGGCCAUGGAGCAGACAUACAGGCAGAUGGCAACCCAAAUGGCUGAUAUGAUGUCAAUGAUGUCGAAUAUGCUGAGGAAUUUCCCCGGCAAGCAUGGUUCACCAUCUGAACCUUCGCAUGUUAGAGAGGUUGUAGAUGUCUCCAGCAGCUCUGAGUGAACAACACAGCUGCAAGCACAUUCGUCGUCAUUUUAUUGAGCAUUCCAUCUCAUCAGGUUAAUGAAGUCACUUUCCAUUGUUAAUGUGUUAUUAGUGUUGUUCUAUAUUGUGCAUAUCUUGCAACCGUCAGUUAUGUAAUAUAUGAGUUGCAGAGCCAUACUGUGAAGAGAAAAGAAGCAUGAUACAAGUACCUGCAACUACAAGGUUUCUGGUGAAAGGCGUUGAUGCUGAGUCGAUGUCCUUUCCAGCCAUGGCAUCAGUGUUGUACUUUGUAGUGAUCCUUUGGUGCCUUUUUCAGUCGUAAAAUUUCAAUAUGAAUAUGAUAGUUGUUUAAACAGAGGGUUGAAGAUGCUUUGUCUGAAUCUAAAUAUCGUUUGCUAGAGUAAACUGCAGGAUGAAAUGGCAUGUGGAUAUAGAACAUAUUUUGCACCUAGACUAGCAUUUUGUUCCAAGUUGUUUGGCCAAUUAUCCUGACCUUAUUGUUCUAUCCGCUAACCUCUGACUCUAAGCAGGUAGAAUCUCAUUUAUGGAUAUUGCACUAUAUAUUAGUGUGUUUA